AUGCCCGAUGUGAUUGACUUGAUCUCGUCAGAUCCGCCUCUCCCGGAGAGAGCGCGACCACAGCGUGCACCGGUGCCGUCGCGUCAGGUACCUGCGCGUCCUUCAGCUAACUCGAGGCUGAUUUCAUCCGACUCAAUUGACGUCUCGGUAUUCAACUACGAUGAUUUUCUUGAUAAGCCCCCAAAAAAGCGAAGAGUCGGCAAUGAUAAUCGGCCUCACCUGAGAAAGGCAGCCACGGCGCAUGAUGCAACUGGCCAGAAUCCUAGUCAUUCCUUUCUUUUCUCCGACGACGAUUUCGCCCUGCCACCAUCGAAUCAUGCCGCCCUCAAAAAGCGGCCUGAAUAUAACUUUGAUGCGGAGGAGCUAGAUCCAAUCUUAUUCACAUCUUCAGCACCAGAACCCUCCUCAAAAUACAAGCUCCUUGGACUGUACAAAUCGAAAGAAGCUCAACCCAACGUCAUUACCCUCGACGAUGACAAUGAAGAUAUCCGGAACCCCUCCCAGAAUGUGAAUAUCAGUCAUGCAAGACAAGAAGAUAUAGAGGAGUUUAGCGACCCGUUUUUGAUACCUGGAUUUGCUGAUGAGUUUGGGCAAUCACCACCCAGGAAUUCUGCAACCAACUUGGGAUUUUCCAGCAAAACAGCGGCAUUGCUUGCUGAACUGAAUGCAACUACCAAGGAUAACAAAAGCCGAACUAUAACUAAAGGCGUGUCACAUUCUCGACGAAACAAAUGUGCUAUGGUUGAUCUGUCUGCUGACGAGCUGGACGAACCGGCCGAGUCGCGACGCCCGGCUAAGAAGUCGGGCAAGCUUACAGCCGAGGAAAAGGACGCACGGACGAAGGCGCGGGCGGAGGCGAAGGCACAAAAGGACCACGAGAAACAGCUUGAAAAGGAACGGAAGCAAAGGCUCAAAGAAGAGAAGGCAAAGCAGAAGCAAUUGGCAGCAGAUAUUUCCGAGGUCAAUAAACUCAAAGUUGACAAGAAGGACUCUACUCAAGAGAUGAUUCUCGAUAUCUCAUGUUCCUUGGAAGAAAGCAAGGUGGGGAACCAGACUGUGGAAUUUAUGAAGCGUCUUGGUGUCGAAUACAGUUUCUUCACCGGGCCAGUCACAAAUAUGGUCAAGUGGCGCCGAAAAAUGAACGCAAAAUAUAACGAAGCAGCUGGUCAUUGGGAGCCGUGCGCAUUUCAUAUCGCGGAAGAAAAGCAUGUAUUAUGUUUGAUGCCGGCACAGGACUUCGUGGACAUGGUGAUAGCAGGCUCAGACAGCGAGGAAAGAGAGUCGUUGGAAAUCCAUGUUCUCAAAAUCAAGAGUGCCUAUCCUGACUGCACAAUCAUCUAUCUUAUCGAGGGGCUCACAGCAUGGAUGCGCAAGAACAGAAACUCACGGAAUAGAGCUUAUCAAGCGGAGGUAUUGAGUCAGUACGAGCCAGCACCAACGCAAAGCUCUACAGCACCCCGUGGCCGAGGGCGGAAACCCAAGAACAAACCGGAGACCACACCACCUGUUGAUGACGAUGUAGUUGAAGAUGCCCUUCUUGCACUUCAAGUGAUCCAUUCGUGUCUCAUACACCAUACCAACGCGCCACCCGAAUCCGCGGAAUGGAUCAAAAACUUCACGGAGCACGUCUCUACAAUCCCGUAUCGGCGUGAACGAAUGGAAGGCAACGAUGCUGCUUUCUGCAUGGAUGUAGGCCAAGUCAGGACCGGCGAAGACAAGCUUGAUACCUUUAUCAAAAUGCUCCAGGAAAUCAACCGAGUCACUGCCUCGAUGGCAUAUGGGAUUUCGGGGCAGUACUCCUGUGUAACGGAUUUGGUUCGUGGCAUGCGCAUGCAUGGGCCCACGAUGUUAGAAGAUGUUCGGAAAUCUGCCAACAGGAAUGGAGGACUGACUGAUUCGCGUGUGGGCCCUGCCGCCAGUAAACGAUUGCACAAAGUGUUUACAGGGCUUGACCCAAACUCAACAGACGUGUAG